AGAAACCAGAUACGAUUUAAAUACACAGCAACAGAGGAAAAAGGGGAAAGGGAAGCUCAAAAUUGCUAUUAAGGCCAUUACUGUACGCAUCGUCUUCUCUGCAACUCCACGGUUCCUCCCUUAGCUCUCAAUUCCCAGAUCGAAUCUGGGUUUCCUUCCCACAAGAUCGAAAUCUUGAUGGGUUCUAAACCCUGUUUCUAAUUAGGCUCAAAAAUCAAUCCCAGGUCUCAAAGCUUUGUGCUUUACUCCUGAUGCCUGGGCUAUUGGGGAACCUCUUUAUAGCUCAGACGCUGAAAUUACUGACUUUGGUUAUGUUCUAGUUGCUUCAUCAUUUCUUGGAAUCAAUACUAGUCAAUUCAGAGUUUUGGAGGAUCUUAAAAAUACAAUCUUUAGUGAUAGACAAUGUUCUAUGGUGCAGUAGUAUGGGACCCUUGGCUCAUUCUUGUCCAAAUUGUGUGCCUUCAGUGUCUCUACUAUCUCACUCUUGGGUUCUUCUUGGCUGCUCUUGUUGGGACUCGCGUGUCCCGUAUGACCCUUGUGUAUUUCUUUGAUUUUGCCACUGUCACCGUCUCUACUGUCACCGGGUGGUGUGUCAUUGCCUCCUUUGUGCUCAGUGCACUUGCCAGCGCUGGAUAUCUAUAUCUUUUGAUUGAGAGGUCGAAAAGGUGCUUAGAUUUUUCAGUCACCGUGUACAUUGUCCAUCUCUGUAUCUGCAUUGGUUAUGGGGGUUGGCCUUCUUCAAUAACGUGGUGGGUUGUAAAUGGUACUGGAAUUGGAGUGAUGGCUUGGCUAGGUAUAUAUCUCUGCAUGAAACGUGAACUGCAGGAGAUCAUGAUCCCUACAGCACGAUAUCGCUCAAAUGUUUGACUGAGGUGAGACACAACAUGCAAGAAUUGUGGAGUUAUAGAGGGAUCAUUUCCAUUUCUUCAAAGGAGCUUAAGGGAUAAAGCUCAUGAAUACCACAUCCAAGAUUGGAUGAGAAGAAAUACUUUAGUCUGUGGAUUCUUUUGUCUAUGCUGGUGAUAAUUUACAUAGAUCUCUUGUAGAAGUUUGGUACAGUGCUUCAAAUGAUGGAAGUUUUAAGCACAUGAGGUAUGAAUUGUUAUAGGAAAAAUCAUAAUGUACAAUUUUAGGUGGAGCAAUGCAUGUUAUGCUUCUGAUUA